UCAAUGCUACCAAUCCCAAUCCUCUUCUCUCGACUCUCAAGUCUCAAGGUCAGAGUCCAAUGUUCACGCCCCAAGCGUUCCAGAAGUCUCCGAUCCUGAAAUUCCUUCGCCCUCCUGCAGAAGAAAGCGCUCGGUCACUGGAUUAGGGAGAUGCAAUACUGGAUGGUAAAAACCCCAACUACUAUCUUGGAGGUCAAGUCUAAGCUUCUAAUAUAGUGCUGAUAAUCAUGUCUUCUUGGUACAAUGAGAAAAGUAAGAAUGAGUGGGAAUAAACUUAAAUUAGGGAAGCAAGGAAGAAAUUUUGGGCUCUGAAAAAAGUUGAUAUUUUCUCUUAGAUAACUUCACCUCCCUUCUGAAAAUGGGAAAAACCCAAAUUGAAAAGUCUAAAACAUCAAAUAGACAGAUCAGUAGCAACACAAAAUGCAAAUUUAAUCAGAUUGGAGAGAAAGCAAAUGAACAUCCUGAAUGGUUACCUGAUGGCUGGAAUGUGGAUUUCAGAACUCGAAAAAGUGGUGCAAAUAUGGGACAUGGGUAUAAGUGUUAUAUUGACCCAAACGGAAACAAGUUCUACUCCAAACCGGAGGUGUUACGAUAUCUUGAAACUAUGAAGGGCAACAGCCCCACUUCCAAGGAGGAGAUAUGCAAUACCAUGCGUUCUCCAAAAAACAACGAUGCGGUUGAGAAGUCCAAAGUGGAGGAUUUGCCACCGGAGUGGAUAGUAGAAGUCAAGAUUAGGAAGGGCAGCAAUGACAAUAGGAAAGAUCUGCUUUAUACAGAUCCAGUGAGUGGAUAUGUAUUCCGUUCCAAGAAAGAUGCACUGCGCUAUCUUGAGUCUGGAGAUAUAAGUACGUGUGCUAUUAAACCAAGUAAAAGACAAAUCCAAGAUGAACCCAAAUCAACUCCAACAUCUGCCAGCAAAAAACAGAAACUAAAGCUGUCUGCAACCAAACGACAACUUUUUGUAGGCAAAGAAAUAUCUGAUGAAAGCACCUUAGAAUUGCCAGAUGCUAACAGCUUGAAAAAGGGACAAGAUGUGAUGGCGUGUUCUGGAGGAAUGGUUUCUUCUGUUCCUACAGGUAAAUCUGUUGUCAAGAUUCAAUCACUAGAGAAUGCAGCUGCAUACCCUCCAAAAAUGAAGAAAACAUCUGAUCCAGAUGAUGUGCAAGAGAAGAAUCUUAUUGUGAAUGUGAUGGAGAAUGCGAGUAAAACAAAUCACAAUAACCGUAGUUCAUCCAAAAACAACGAGCUUAGUCUGGCUCCCCGUUUUUCGCCGAGACUUGCUGGUGCAGUACCUGACCAGUUGACCAACAACAUGACUAAUGAACAGACUCUUCAAGUUCCAAAAAGAAACUUGAGAAAAAGAAAUGUUUUAGAUGCUGAUUUGGCUAAUAAAUCAUUUCAGCAGCACAAAGCUGAUAAUCCUCAUAGUUGUCAUGGUUUGGCUUCUGAAGCUCGUGCUUUGAAGGAAAACAAAUUGCAUGUGGGUGAGACUGGAAAAAGUGGUUUGCAAGAAAUUCAUUCGAACAAAACCAGCGACAAGAAAGAGUAUCGUCGGGCUUCAAAACGACUUGCUGGAUUUGAACCCAAGCUGAUGAAUAACUCCAUCUACAAUGAAAUUGCUCCCGAAUAUAAAAGCAAAAAGUCUAAAGGUGAGGUCAAUGCAAUCUUGCACCAAAGUGAGGGUCGACCAGCUAUGGAGCUUACAGAUCAUGCAUCAAUAAAUGAAGAGUCAUCAAAUAAAAGCGGAAAACCUAAAAUCUCGCCUAUAAACAAUGAUCAACUGAAGAGACUUGAUGAUGAGGAAGUGAAUGAUGAGAAAUCAGAACCUCAGCAAUCCUUAGCAUUCCACUAUUCUUGGUCUGACCCAUGCUUGGAAUAUACAAUUCAGAGCCUCACGGGUGCAUUACCAGUUGAGGAUUCAGUUGGUAAUGGACCCACUGGAGUUCCUGCAAAUGAUAUAAUUUCCAAAACGAAGUUGUUUGAGAAUGUUACAGGAAGCAGCAGUGACAAAAACGCACAUAUAAAUUCAAAGAAAUCCAAGAACAAGAAAGAGCUGAAAAUGCCUAGGCGGCUGUCAAAGCGACUUGCUGGCCAUGAACCUGAGGUACUGCCUCCUGAAACAGCUCUUGAAUAUGCCACGAGAAAAUCAUGCAAAGAUAAAUCAACUGCUACAACGAUUUCAACAAAUCUAGCAUCUGAGCAACUUCAUGCUGGCAAAGAAUCCAAGAUUAUUGUUCAUGCGUCUGACCAGUUGAAAACAGCAUUAUGUAGUGAAUCAUCAAACAAGAGUGAGAAGUCAUUUGAUGCCCAAACUAUUCCCAAUGAACAAUUGCAGAGGCUUGAAGCUGAAAAUAUUGAUGAUGACAGAUCAGAGCCACAGUUACCCUUACAAAUUGGGGAUUCUUGGUCAGAUCCAUGCCUAGAAUUUGCAAUUAAGACUCUUACUGGUGCUUUGCCAGUUGGUGAUGGUGCUGCUGACAUUUUGCCUGUUACGACUCCUGAUGUUAAUGACCCACCAACUAAGGAAUUGCUUGAGAAGAGUAUCAAGGAGGAGCUUAAUACGGUUUGCCAUCCUUCGGAACAACUCCUGGAACAGCCUGAGUUGAGGACCAGCUUCACAUCCUGUGAAAAUGAUCCUAAAUUUGCAACUACACAGUCUUACAGCAAUGAAGGCAAUGCAACAAGGAAUUUGGAUGGAAGAGAAUCCCUACAUAUUGAAGCUGGGAACGUAACACAAUUUGAUAUAAACACACUAUUUGAAGGGCCAUUAUUUGAAAAUGAACAGGUUCUUGAGGGUGUAUCUGUUGCGGAACAAACACAACCCGAAACUGAAACUGCAAACCAUGAUAAUUCUGGACGAGAGUUUUGUGUUUCAUUUAUGGAUUCUUGGUCAGACCCAUGCCUAGAUUUUGCAUUUAAGACUCUUACAGGCACAAUACCAGUACAGGAAGAUAUAGCAAUUCAAGGAUGUUUCCAGGAACAUGCUAGCUGCCAUGCCCAGAGAGAUGGUGGCUCAAUGUUGCCUGAAUUUGGAUCUUCCAGCAUUUCUCAAAGUGAUAUCUCAUUUCCUAAUGAUAUAGGAGAGAAGUCCAAGACAGGGCAGCAGUCAUCAACGAGCUCUUCAUUCCUCCCCCUGGAAAAACCGAGCCUGCAUGGUUUCUCUGGGGUUGAUCCUCAAAAACACUACUCUCAGUGCAAUAAUAAUUUUCAGAGAAGGUGAACUCGCAAAGCUGGCUAGCCCCAGGAUAACUAGUUAUUUUAGUGUUAAUGGCUGACUGUACUUGUUUAGACAGCAAAAUCAAUGUCAUGAUGCAUCCUUUUUUUUUUUUUCCUGGUGACAGUUGAGAAUAACAUGAGAUCGGGCUUGAUGUGUUGUAUUCUCUGCUGAGAACAUCUAGGUAAACAAACCUUGUUAAAAUGUUUAUGAUUUGAUGCCC